CGUUCUAUAUGACCAAUGGUUGCUUUAGCACGCGUAUAUAAAGCACCAGGUCGCACACGCAGACGGCAGACUGUCUGCAUCCCCUUGAAACCUCAUUCACGAUCCCUCUCCCCCCUCAGGAUGAGGACCCUAUACUUAUUGCUACUGGCCACCUGCGCCUUCGCUGCUGAUAUCGUCGACCCCAAGGACUGCAAAGAGUUCCCAUGUCUCAUUUUCAACGAUGAAUUCGAUUUCUUGGACCACGACGUCUGGGAGCACGAAGUGACAAUGUCUGGCGGUGGGAACUGGGAGUUCCAAGUGUACGUCAACAACCGUAGCAUCAGCUAUGCCAGGGACUCCACUCUCUUCAUCAGACCUGGUUUGGUCUCCGAAUGGAAAGGCGAGUCCUUCCUCACCAGUGGAAACCUGAACCUCUGGGGGAUGAAUGGCCGGGGUGACGUCUGCACCGGGAACGCUUACUGGGGCUGCGAUCGAACUGGCACUGCCGAUAACCUUAUUAACCCAAUCAUGAGUGCCAGACUCAGGACCAUGUCUGAUUUUGCCUUCAAGUACGGACGAAUCGAAGUUCGUGCAAAGAUGCCAAGAGGAGACUGGUUGUGGCCAGCUGUUUGGAUGUUACCCAGGAACUGGCCCUAUGGUCUCUGGCCUGCCAGCGGAGAGAUUGACAUCGUCGAAUCCAGGGGCAACGACGACUAUGGCGAUUUGGGCAACCAAUUCGGAGGAACCACAAUGCACUGGGGACCUUUCUGGCCACUCAACAAAUACGACUUGACUCAUGUGGAGUACAAGGCCAGUGAUGGUUCCUUCGCCAACAGCUUCCAUACCUGGAGAGUGGACUGGACGAAGGACAAGAUAGAGGCUUACGUGGAUGACGUCCUCAUGAUGACAGCUGACCCCGGAACCAGCUUCUGGGAUUUCGGAGGCUUCGGUGACGGUAUUGACAACAUCUGGAAUUCUGGGGAUAAAAUGGCACCUUUCGACCAAAAGUUCUACGUCAUCCUCAACUUGGCCGUCGGAGGAACCGGUGGCUUCUUCCCCGAUGGGAUUCUGGACCCCAAACCUUGGUCCAACACCUCACCCACUGCUUUCAAAGAUUUCUGGAGUGCCCGUGCAGACUGGCUGCCCACCUGGCAACAAGGGGAGUCCAGAAUCAGCGAAAAGGCCGCGCUCCAGGUCGAUUACGUGAAGGUCUGGAAAAUGGAAAGCGCGGAGCAGUAGCACUACUAAACCUCCUUCAUCUCUAAAGCUUUCCCUUAAGCAGAGUAAAGUUAAACAAAUAAUUCUUAGCGGGAAAUGUUAGCAAACUGAAGAACGGGUGAUUGCUGGAAAUCAGUCUGUAUAAAGAUGGUUCUGUCACCAGCAAAGGCGAGUUGCCUCAUUCGUAAUAACCAAUAUGAUGUUGUUUUUGUUAUUUCACUGAUGAAAAAUUAGCACUA